GAUCAUCUCAUAACUCACACAAUCAUCUUUCACUAGAAAAAGAAACUUUCUCUCACUAAAAGAUACUUUUUAGAUUUUCUCUUUUAAAAGGAAGUGUCUUAGGAGUAUAUCGUAAUAGUUUGUUUGUUUCGGGUAUUGUGAAACGGUCUCAUCACGGUUGUAUCAUGGGAUUCAAAAAUCGCAUAAAAUCGUCACACAGUAAUGGAUAAGUUAUCCACCAUCGCCCUAUUAAACACAGUAACCACUAUAUAUAUCCAACGUGAAUAAUUUUCCGUUUGUACGAGAGGCUCCGUCAAGUGAAACUCCAAGUGAGGUACGAUAACGGAAGCAGAUCUUUGCAUCUAUCUAGCUUCCUCUACGGUCACUACGUACUUCAAUGGACGACUGCAAGUGUGAGAUUGAAAACUGGGACUUGGGUGCUGGGUCUUACGUGUCAUUUACUUACUAAGAGUUCACUAGAAGAAGAUGCUGACACAAUGCUAGAACUGGUAUGUCUAGGUCUAAAAUUUGAAAUUCAACUCCUAGAGCUCUCAAGUUGCUUAAAAGUUUCUAAAAAUCCUAUUUUUUCUUAAAAAAAAAGCUAUUAGAAAAUAAUUUUACUUUUAAUAAAAAAAUUAAAAAUCUAUUUGAAAAUAAUUUAUUAAAUAAUAUUUCCUUUUCUUAAGUCCUAAUUUUCCUUCUUUUAAAAUUUUUAAUUUUCCUUCUUUUAAAAAUUCUAAUUUUCUUUUUUUUAAAUCUUAAUUUUCCAUUUAAAAAAAAUAAAUUCUCUUUUAAAAAACCUUAAACAAAAGAUAAUUAUAAAAUAAUAAUUCAUCUAAACAAAUCUUAAACAUGAUAUUAAAAUAGCAAAACUAAUAAGAUUGUUUUACUAUAAUUAACAUUAAAAUCUUAUUGAAAACAAACCCCCUAAGUAAAAGGAAAAGGGGAAAAGUUGUGGAAAGAAACAAGUAUAAAUAAACAAAUAUGAACAGAACCAGCAACCGAAUCAGAACUCGGAGUGGAAUUUCAGAAUCUCACAGCAAUAUGGAGAGAUCAUCAUCUGAUCAGGUUAAUGAUGUUGAUUGGAUCAGCAAUCUCCCGGACGAUGUAUUGCUUGUGAUAUUAUCGAGACUUUCCACAGAAGAAGCGGUAAGGACGAGUGUUAUGUCCAAACGAUGGGAACACGUGUGGAAGCACAUACCUCACCUAAUCUUGGACAUGACAAGGAUUGUCAAUUCCAAAGAGCCGAUUUAUGGUUCGAAUCGAGUUGCUACACUGAUGACUAAGAUUAUAGAUAAUCACCGUGGACAUCUAGAGAGCUGUGCAAUCGACCAUUACUCAUUCCAAAGUGUAAAUGGAAUGCUCAAUACUUGGAUUCAAGCACUAACUUGCGUGAAACACACCAGAGUUCUCACACUUACACACCAUUGUCCACACCCUUGUGUUCCUAUGGAUCUAGAGGACUUCAACAGAUUUCGUGACAUUUCACCUAACGUCAUGUCCCAUCCAAGCCUUAGGUCACUCUCACUAGGUUUCUACAAUCUUGAAAACUCACUUCCCUUCAGCAAUUGCUCCAAUCUCCAGACCCUCAAACUCUCAUGUAUUGUGGCCGAGGUUGGAGUCUUUAACAGAGUACUCGCAUUUUGCUCUUCUCUCGAGGUGCUUGUACUAGACAUCAAGUUCUCAAAGAAAAAUGGUGAUCCUUUGAAGAUUGAGAACAAGAAAUUAAAGCUCCUACUAGUUGCUUGUUGCAGAAAUGCUGAUGGCAUUAGAGUGUCAGCAGCUAGUCUAGAAAUCCUCGCCAUCACAUAUAGAUAUUUUAGGAGAGAUGAAUUUUUCCUCACGGCCCCCCAACUCCAAUUCAAUAGAAACUUUUGGGUUGCAGGGGAAUACAUGCCCCACAUCAGCUACAAUAUAUCAAAGGAGAAAAAAAGCAUUGGGCAUGAAGAAUUUGUCAACUUAUCAGGUGAUUUUUUGAUACCGACUGCAUCCUUGUCGGUGCGUGUGGAUCUAAUGAAUCCGACAGAAGUUGAGAGGUUAAGACAAGUCUUACGUUUAUGGACUCGUAAAAUGAUAGAGCUCGAGAUCAUAUUCAAGGAUAACAAUGCUCCUAGGGAAGAAAGUGAUUCUUGGAAGAAUAAUAAUAAUUUCCCCAAUGCUGAAUUCCGCGUAAAUACGGUGUGGAUGCAUAACUUCAGCGGUUCAGAGGAAGAGUUUGCCUUAGCAUCACUCUUGAUUAGGCAACACAUGGUAGUAUCUAAGAUGAUGAUCAAGUUAACGUUAUUUCCUGCAAGCAAAAAAUCAAAGAUAGAAGCCGCAGUGGCCAAGCUUCAGGCACUUCAAACAGAAGAUCAACCGGACAUUACCAUCAAAUGUUUCUAGUCGAUUUUGAAUUCAACUUAUUAUGUUGAAAGACACACUAUUCCAACUUUCCAUUCUCAAUGCUUUUCAUUCGUCUGGAUUGUUUUUGUUCCUUGUUCAUAGAGUCAUUUUCUUUCUCUAGGUACAUUAUGAUGAGUCUAAUGAUUUUAUCAAGACUUUUAGUCACAUGUUACUGAUGUUAAAAGGGCUUAUCUGGCUAAUGUUAAAUACUUUUUUUACUCAGUCGAGUAAAGAAGCCUUUGUUAAGAUGGCAAACAAAUGAAAGUUUUAGUUGGAAAAUUUGUUUUGCUUUCAAAGAUGAUAAGGAAUAUUUUCAAAUUGUCUCCUUCAACAAGUUUAGUACCAUAUUCUCUCUAUACAGUAUAAAAUUACUGGAGGGUCCCAUUUUCUUAACACUCAAACCAUUUGGCCCCUCCAUUCCUGUGUAUUAUUAUGUUUGUAUUUUUUUUCCUGUCUAGUCUGAUCUAAUAACUACAACAUUCUUUCGGAUGCAUGUGUGUUUGCUUGCAUUAAUAUGUUCAUACAUAUGUUAGAAGCGAACAUCUCUACUUCUAUUGCUUUGCUUUUUUUCUCUUUGCUCUACACUUUCGACCCUCAACUAUUUCAAUGAUUUUUAGUCUUCUUGAGUUUUCAAAAAGUUUUAUGCGUGCAUAUAUAUUACCAUCAACACUUUGCAUCUUCAACAGAAUAAGGCCAUAGAAAAAGAUAAAUAGAGAUUGUGAUUGACAAAUGUGUAGGCUACUACUACUGUAUCUGCAACUAAGAAUAUAUCCAGUUUUGAGUCCCACAUUAGCUAAAUGAGUGCUUUGAUAUGGUCUAAGAAUAUAUUAUUCAUAAGGGAAAAGGUCGAGAAACAAAUAUUAUGUUCCUUGGAAUGAUAUCUUUGCAUUUAUUUUAUACCCAACCAAACUUUAUAGGCGAUAUCUCAUGGUUGUGAUUACUCAAUACACUUUAUUCGGUGUUUGGGGAAGGAAGAACCUAUCAUAACCUUCAGUUAAAAACAUUUGAGCAUAUUACCAGAAUAGUUGAUCCCCAUGUGGGUGAGAAUAUGCUUUUCAUGUUGUGAGUUGCAAGUCUCUAAAAGUCUACUUGAAUGAAUCUCAUCAAACUCACUCCUCUCAUAUUAUGAUUUCUUUUUCUUUUUACCUAAGAUUAUGUUUAAUUAUAGUGCUUUCUGUAAAAGGUUAUAAGUGAAUUACUUCCUAAUCCAAUCAAGACUUUCAGAAGUUGUAAAGGAUUCUUGAUUUUUUUUUUUUUGUAACAGAAAACGAUUCUUGAUAUAUUUCACUUUUAUUCCCUGCAUGUCAUACUUUUUGAGUUCACAGCUAAAUGUUGCUCAUGAUAAAUUUUAAAUUUUGUAGACAGUUCUUGAUAAUAGUUUUUUUUUUUGGAACUAUUUUUUGCAUUAAAAUUAAAAAGAAAAUAGCAAUAAAGGAUCCUUAAUAUCUAACAAGUCGAGUCUUAUGUCGGUCCUAUAGAACACCAACACAUAGAAAAAGGGCUGAAGGAACCAGUUUUACCUUACAACAAAAAAAGAAACAAAAAUGAUGAUGCUGAUUGUGAAUCCGUAUUUGUAAGAAGACAUAGUUUACAUGGGUGCUGUUUCGACUCUAGUGAUACCGUUGACUCAUCAUACAAGUGUCCUCCGAGAGGUCAAUGGACAAAUGUAUGUUUAACUUAAAUAUGCUGAUUAGGUUAUUGAAUUAGUUUAGUUAUAUGUUUAGUUUUUUAAACACUUAGUUUUAGUAACCAUUUUAGCCUCUAAAGCACACUAUGAAAUCCAAACGAAAAGCACUUAUAUCAAUUGCUCAUUAGUUUACAUUUCUAUAGUAAAAAAAUAUUUUCUUUGUAUUUGAAUGAUUGAUGCUUUGAAUUUUGUUUUUGUAUUUAAGAAAUUGAAAGGUUUAAAGUAUAAUAACAUUAAGAUGUAAAAAUAUGAAUGGUGAGUCUUUAUUGGUAAAAUAAAAAAUAAUAAUAAGGGAAAUUACCUAUAAUAACAUACAUUUUGUAUGUAAUGACUAAAAUAACAUAAAAAAACAAAGAAAGAAAGAAAAAGUGGGUUAAAGUUCAAAAUACCCAAUCCAUUAAAUUAAUUAAGCCAAUUUAAAAAAUAAACACUCCUAAACCACGAGUAAAAAUACAGUUAUGUUGACAAAAAUAAAAGGUAAAGGCUUAAAAAAAAAAAAAAAAAAAAGUAAAACCCAACGACAACUCUCUUUCGCGUGACCCCAAGAACCCUAAAUUCCCAAAUUGCGAAAUCUUCAAACUCUUGAUUCUCUUUCUUUUUAACAUGAUUGCUCAUCAAUUUGGUCAUGUACCCGCUCUACUCUACCAUUAAAACAUUCGAUUCACAUAGGAUAAGUGAAUCCGAAACCCAGUCGACGAACCCUAAAUCCCCUUUCUGAAAUUCACAGUUCCGUUCGAUCUCAAGCCUUUCAUCAUUUAUUCUCGAUGAUUUCCACACUAUUAUAAGCUCAUAUCCGCUUCAAUCAUCCAUUCAUGCAAUCUAAGAAGCAAUCUUCUGGAAAUAUACAAUCUAUCUUUGGACCACCAAGGAAUCGCUGGACAGUAUCAUCAUAGUUUUUUUUGGAAAGAGCUGCAAGUUCCAUUGAAUACUGAUGAUGUCUCUGGUAUGGUGUGUCUUGUAAAAAUGACUGCGUAGAGAAAUAUAGGAGGUUUUUUCAGAUACUGGUGAGAUGGUUCCUGCAAGGCUGAGGAAAAAAAGUUCACAUCAGCUAAAGAUUUCAAAACUCAAAAGUGUGCCUGGAAUGAGGAUCCUGGUGACUGUGGUGUUUAAGCCAUAAAGUAUAUUGAGAGUAAGGCGAUUGGUUGUGGUUUUGAGGACUUUUUGACCGGUGCAUCCCGACAACGCGUAUGAAGUUAGCUGCUGAGAUCUAUGAUGAGGUUGCGGAUAUGUAGCUGUAUUUCAUGUUUUAGAAACCAAACUUAUUUACUACUUUGUGGAAUUGUGAACAUAUCUUUAUUUUCUUGUCCAAUGGUUAAUGUUACUUUACUUUGAAAGAGUC